AAUCGAUCACUUAAUUAGCUUAUAAUCCCCUGCUCUCUCUUAACCACGGCAGGCUAGGGGGGGAGAUAUAUACAUUCCGGCCGGAACUGGAAAAUAAAAUGGAGGAUGAAAUCAGAGCAGCGGGAGGUUUGCCGGUGGAGAUCAGAAGGCGGCAGAUGAGCCGAAACGCGAGCAGAAGUGGGUGGAGCGUGGAAGAGGUGUUCUCUUCGGGGGUGCAUGGGCGGCGGAGCACACGGGGGGAGGAGGACGAAGAGGCUCUCCGGUGGGCGGCGCUGGAGAAGUUGCCGACAUACGACAGGAUGAGGAAAACAGUCCUGAAAACCUUCUCUGAGGAGGACAGGGACAGGGUGGUGCACAAGGAAGUGGACGUGCGGAAGCUGGAAACCACCUUCCGACAAGACUUCAUCAAUCGGGUGUUUAAGGUUGCAGAGGAAGACAACGAGCGCUUCUUGAAAAAGCUCAGAGACCGGAUCGAUAAAGUUGGGAUAAGCCUGCCAACAGUGGAAGUGAGAUUUAAGGAUUUGAAUGUGGAGGCUGAUUGCCACGUGGGAGAUAGAGCUCUUCCCACGCUGCUCAACACUCUCAGGAAUCUGGGGGAUUCUGCUUUGGCCUCUUUGGGGAUUAAUUUCGCCCAAAACACUAAACUCACCAUACUUAAGCACGCUUCUGGGAUCGUAAAGCCAUCCAGGAUCACAUUGUUGUUGGGGCCCCCAUCGUCCGGGAAAACGUCUCUUUUGUUGGCUCUAGCGGGGAAGUUAGACCCUGCCUUAAAGACGAUGCACAGGUUAGGGGCGAAAUCACCUACAAUGGUCACAAGCUGACGGAGUUUGUACCUCAGAAGACGUCGGCAUAUAUUAGUCAAAAUGAUGUUCACGUUGGGGAAAUGACGGUAAAAGAAACUUUAGAUUUCUCAGCUAGAUGUCAAGGAGUUGGUUCCCGUUAUGAACUCCUAACGGAACUUGCGAGGAGGGAGAGAGAUGCUAAGUUUUUACCUGAUGCUGAGAUCGAUCUUUACAUGAAGGUAAUUAGCUACUCCCUAAUAAAUACACACUCCUUAG